GAGAACAAAUAGUGUUUUAUAGAAAAAUAUUUAUUUGCAAAAGUUAUAAUGGCACCAAUCAACGAAGACCCUUAUGCACACGCAGCAAAGGGCCUUUUGAAACUAAAGAAUGAUCAAGGGGUUAGCAAGAAAAAAAAACAUAAAGAAGGCAAAAAGAAGAAACUAGUGGAAGUGUCAAAAAUUGUUGAGGAAGAAAAAUCUAAGACAACAGAUAUCAAACGAACAAAAGCUGAAAUAGCGUUUCAAAAGAUGCAGGAAAAGAUGCAAAAUGAAAGAAUAAAACAAAAGGCCUCCAUGACACAUAAACAAAGGGUAGAAGAAUUCAAUAGGCAUUUGGAUAGCUUAACGGAACACUUUGACAUACCGAAAGUCAGCUGGACAAAAUAAAUUCUUUAUAUACAUUUUAACUGUAUAAAACUUUAUUCGUACACAUUUAUUACAUAUCUUAAAUAUAAAUAAUUAAAAUUAAUAAUCGAUCUUAUAUAAGAUUGUACUUCAUUGCAAUGUUUGUAAAAAAA